CAUCCUCAUCCCUUACAUAUCCUUUUAUCAGCAAUGUUUGCCUUCUCUUAACGUUCGCUGAUAACAGCUCUCGCAGACGUCGACAAAGCUGGUGUUCCUCAGCGACGGACCUUUCAACCGGACGAGCGUGGGUGCGCAUGGGUUGCGUUGAAUCACAAGAACCACAAGCCCAGCCCGUAAUGUCCUGGGACGGGUCAAGCCACUAUCAGCCGCCACCUCCUCCGAGCGAUGACGUGUACCAGGCUCCGCCUCCGCCAGGAGACACCUACCAGCCGCCGCCGCCACCAGGGGGCGAUAGCUACCAACCGCCGCCAGCGCCCCCGCAGUCAAACUUCACCUCCUUGAGCGCCCCGGAUCCGAACCGACUGGCCUAUGCCGGCCUAUACGACCGCAGCGACGCAGGCGGACCCCUGAUCUAUGGAGGAGACACGUACCGGCCUCCUGCGGAACCAGGGAGCUAUCAACAGCCCACCGAGUAUAGCUAUAGCAACAACCACACUCAGCAGUACUGCCCGCCGCCGGAACCACAUUAUGGCGACACCUACCAGCCUCCUGAAGAUCCAGCCUCCUACCAGGACGACUACGUCCCGCCUCCACCACCGGAAAACUAAAAAAGAAGAAAUUAAAAGACAAAAAAGAAAUAUAUAUAUAUAUAUAUUGCAUAACGAUCGAUUUUAGUAUCCCUCGAGGUCUACUGCACAUGAGUGUAGUUUCGAAUGUAGAACGAUCGACUAAGUCAGGUUACCCCAGAAAGAUUAAAUGUGCAUCGCCGUUUACAAGUUACUCAAAAAGUUAUCUAAAGUCUGUUUCCUGUUUUUAAGUUCUUUCUUGUCAUAUCUUAAGAACGGUUAUUUCAGUAAGCACCCUGAUAUAGACGUCAGUUCGAAUUGAUUAUAGUACGAAAGAUAUACUUUGAAGCUGUAAGAAUUGGCAAUUAAAUGUGAAAGAAGCAAUUUUACCACAAAGUUAAAACACUAACUGUAAAACUAAAUAGUCCCCAAACUGUAAUUCUACCCUAAGAAAAAAAGAAAGAAAGAGCUUCAUUCAAUUUUUGUGGUUAACACUGGCUAAAAAUUCAGUCCGGUUCCGGCAAUCCUUCGGUGUAAGUAGGAUUUCUUUGUGUUCUGAAUUGUAGCUUCCUUCGCCCUAAGCUGUUCUGUAUGUUCGUCCGUAGUUCUGCUUUGCAGUCAGUUUGUCGCUGAGAGAGUGACAUAAGCUAAACCAUAUACCCUCUGAUCCUGAAAAAAAAUGACAAAAAGUUGGUCAAAUUGAGUAGCAAAGAAAUUGUGAAAUUAGCCGACAAUAAACCUAUCUCUGAACUCUU